CUCGUGGGCUACAGCAGCAGCGGGUCCGAGGAUGAGGAUGAGGCUGAGGCUGAGGCCGGGGCCGGGGCCGGGGCCCGGGCCAAACCGAGGGCUAGCAGCGGCCGUCGAGUGCCUGGUGGAUUCGAACCACUGCCAUUUCAGUUAGCAUCCAAGCUCUUAACCACUGCACCACCAGGACUCCUUCUACUUCAAGUACCCGGUUGGAAAUAGAUGCUCAGAGUCAGCACGUAUAAGGGGUUACGACUUGGAUUGUAUGAACAAGGUAGAGAAUGCUAGGGGGAUAAACUGUACUUAUGUUCUCUUUUUCAAUUACAGUGGCCAGACCCCCCUUGCCAGCCAGAGGCUGCCGGUGCCCGACAGUGUGCUGAACAUGUUUCCAAGCACUGAGGAGGGGCCUGAGGAUGACAGUGCAAAACAUGGGGGGCGGGUGCGCACCUUCCCCCAUGAGCGGGGCAACUGGGCCACUCAUGUUUACAUACCCUAUGAAGCUGGGGAGGACUUUCUGGACCUGCUUGACAUGUUGCUGCCCCACGCCCAGACCUGCGUCCCCCGACUGGUGAGGAUGGAGGAGUUCCACCUCAGCCUGUCCCAGAGUGUGGUUCUGCGCCACCACUGGAUCCUUCCCUUUGUGCAGGCUCUGAAAGACCGCAUGGCCUCCUUCCAGAGAACUGUUUUCUUCGAAGGAGGCAGUACACAAAGACCCGAUGGCUCUGCCUCCCACUGGGCCGGCUUCAUUCUCAAACAGGUUUUCCCCACCAUGACAGAGGAGGCCACCAGCAUCUCCAACACCAACAGAGACCCCCCUCCGCUCCCCUCACUAAAGCAUCAAAGAUUCUUCUUUACUGCCAACCGGGUAAAGAUUUAUACCAAUCAAGAGAAAACCAGGACUUUUGUUGGGCUCGAGGUCACCUCAGGGCAUGCCCAGUUCCUGAGCCUGGUUUCAGAGGUGGACAGAGUCAUGGAGGAAUUCGCCCUCACCACUUUCUACCAGAACCCAUCAUUCCAUGUCAGCCUGGCCUGGUGUGUGGGUGAUGCACGUCCCCAACUGGAAGGACAGUGUCUGCACAACCUGCAGGAAAUUGUGGAUGAGUUUGAAGACUCUGAGCUGCUGCUGCGUGUGUACGCUGAGCAGAUUCGCUGCAAGUCCGGGAACAAAUUCUUCUCCUUGCCUUUGAAGUGAACUCAGAAGACCUCCUUGCGCAGGCCCCUCUGCAGGCCAGGCAGAAAGGGAGGAGCCUGUUGGCAUCAGUGGGGAUGCUCCCAACCUCCCACCAGAACCCACCAGAAGGGCCCCACAUACCUUCCCCCUGGCAGGAGGUGUAGCCAGCCACUCCUGGUCUGCCCUGUGUGCCUGUAUUGUGGUCAUUCCCAGAAAUUACCGGUAGAGGGCAGCCUGGGCUUCCCGGUUCCUGUUCUGUGGUUCCACAAAAAUUGGGGUCACCAGGUGAGCCCACCCACACUCUCAGCCAGAAUCCCCGCUGUACAGUCUCUCUAACCAAUAGCCCCUCCCUCCUGCCCCACAGUCCCCCUUCAGCUGUUUGCAUUUUGAUGCCAUUGGCCUCUAACCAGGGUUUUUUAAUCAGCAUGCCCUGGUUCAUCCCUGCUCAAGCCAAGUUGGGACAUAGGGUGCUACAGUGGGGCUGUCACCCUCCCUGCUUAAGGGUGUCACCUUUAUUUAUGUAUUUUUACUCUCACCCCCUCCUGCUCCAGCAGAGGCCAGUUCAGGGCCAAGGUACAGGGCGCUGAUUUGUGGUUGCACGUGAGUUCUCUCCAUCCCUUCCUCCCACUAGACCCCGUCAGGUAUCUGAGGCUGGAGCAGAUGUUUCAUCUGGCCUGGCUAGUGGCUGACAGCCAGACCUCCAACGCUCUGUUACCUCCUGCUUCCCCAUCAGCUUCCCCAAAGAGGCAGAGAGGAGCCUUCCCUGGUGAGGUUCUCCGGCUGCCGCCCCUGCCUGCUGCAGCCUGCAGCCAUUCUGAGAGGAACCUGGAGGGAGGGCUGGGAGGCACAGAAUUUAUUUUUUCAUCAAGCCCUCACCAGGGCAAAGGACCAAUCCUGUCCGGUUGCUACCUGGAUUUCUGGUAAUGGAUGAAAAGAUAUUUUUUUAUGUUAUAGUUUUAAAUUGCAUUCAACAAAUAAAAAUUACAGCAUUUAUUUUGGAUUUUAUUGUGCUUCUGUUCAACAAGGUGAAAGAAAAGACUUUACCCCCA